AUGUCGAGGAUUUACGAUGGGUGGGAGAGGUUGGUCGGAGCUGUUUUAAGAAGAGAGGAAGACCGCCAACUUGCCCUCUGUGAAAGCUUCAGCAGCUCAAGCACUUCUCGUUUCAGUUUCAGUUUCAGUUUCAGUUUCAGUUUCAGUUUCAGCUUUAAUCCUUUCGUCCGAAAUUUCAGAAAUGAUUGUAGAAAUUCUGGCGAGAGGCGUGAUCCGGCAGAUCUUUCAAGUCUGGAAACAUUAUUCUUCCGUAACGUGAUGGCCAUAGAGUAUGAAGAGUUGAAAAAAGCUACCAAAAACUUUCACCGGGCCAAGUUGUUGGGGGAAAGGGCGUUUAGUCGUGUUUAUAAGGGAUGGAUCCAUGAAAAUUAUCUUACCGCAACGAAGCCUGGAUAUGGGAUUAGUGUUGCUAUCAAGAAGAUGUAUAGUGAAAGUUGUGAAGGGAAUAGGGAGGUUCUGGAUGAAAUACAUUAUUUGAGUGAACUCCGUCACCCAAAUUUGAUCAAACUUAUUGGCUAUAGCUUCAAUGCAGACGACAGGAUUCUGGUAUAUGAGUUCAUGUGCAAAGGAAGCUUGGACAACCAUCUCUUCAGAAGAGGGCACAACUCCCUUAAUUGGGAAACAAGGGUCAAAGUGGCUAUAGGUGCUGCAAGAGCUAUUGCCUUCUUGCAUGACUUGGCAGUGCCAGUCAUACAUCGAGAUAUUAAGAGUAGCUACAUUCUUUUAGAUGUCGACUUCAACGCCAAGUUGUCAGGAUUUGGCCUUGCAAGAGAUGGUCCUACUGGUGACAGGACUCAUUUAUCAACUCGAGUUACGGGUACAUAUGGAUAUGCUGCUCCGGAGUACAUGACAACAGGUCACUCGACCACGAGAUGCGAUGUGUAUAGUUUUGGAGCCGUUUUGCUUGAAUUAAUGACAGGGCUUCGAGUUUUCGACUCUAAGCGGCCUGUAGGAAAGCGCGAUUUGGUCAAUUGGGCAAAACCUUAUUUGAGUAACGAAAAAAAACUGUCACGAAUAGUGGAUUGUGGAUUAGAGGGUAAAUACCCUCCCAAAGAAGCAUAUGAAGUUGCAAAGAUAUGUAUGCAAUGUCUGAACGUAGAACCAAGAUUAAGACCAAAAAUGUCUGAGGUUGUAGGUGUGCUUGAAUCACUCUAAUACCCAUGUAUGU